CCACGUGAUGCCGGCGGCGGAGAGCGCGGCGCGCGGCGGGUCACGUGAGAGGGGAGCGAAGAUGGCGGCGGGCGGGCUGGGCGCGAGGAGCAGCAGAGAAUUGUGGACAAUUCUCCUCGGCAGAUCAGCUUUAAGAGAACCAGCACAGAUUGCGGCAGAACUGAACAAGCACUGGCAGAGGUUUUUAGAGGGACUUUCAUACUACAAACCUCCAAGUACAACUUCAGCAGAAAAAAUAAAAGCUGAUAAAGAUGUAGCUGCUCCACUAAAAGAACUGGGUCUGAGGGUCAGCAAGUUUUUGGGUUUGGAUGAAGAGCAGAGUGUGCAGUUGUUACAGUGUUAUCUUCAAGAAGAUUACAGAGGAACAAGAGACUCUCUGAAGACAGUUCUUCAGGAUGAAAGGCAGAGUCAGGCUCUGAUGCUGAAGCUUGCUGACUAUUAUUAUGAAGAGAGGAUGUGUAUUCUGCGCUGUGUCCUCCAUCUACUCACUUAUUUUCAGGAUGAGAGGCACCCUUACACAGCGCAGUACUUCCAGUGUGUCGAAAAGUUGGAAAAAGAACUAAUUCCUAAUUACCGGAAAAAAUAUGAAGAACUGUACAAAGCAGAAGCUCCUACAUGGGAAACACAUGGAAAUCUCAUGACAGAGCGUCAGGUUUCUCGUUGGUUUGUGCAAUGCCUCCGUGAGCAGUCCAUGCUACUGGAAGUCAUCUUCCUCUACUAUGCAUACUUUGAAAUGGCAUCAGAUGAGCUUCUCGAAUUUGCAAAGAUGUUCAAAGAACAGGGGUUUGGCACUAGACAAACCAACAGACACUUGGUAGAUGAGAGCAUGGAUCACCUGGUGGAUCGUAUCGGCUACUUUAGUGCUCUUAUUCUGGUGGAAGGCAUGGAAAUUGACUCCCUCCAUGAGCGAGCUUUGGAUGAUAGGACAGAGGAGCACAAAUUAGCCAAUAAUUCACAUAUCCACCAGGAAAUGGACAGUCAGCUGCUGCAGCUGGGAGAUGUCUCACAUCAUGCUCCAGUGCUUUUGGCUUGGGCGCUGCUCCGUCAUACCAUAAACCCAGAGGAGUCAACUAACGUUAUCAGGAGAAUGGGCAGCAAUGCUAUCCAGCUGAAUGUGUUCCAGUAUCUGACGAAACUUCUGCGAUCAUUGAGCAGUGGGGGCAAGAAUUGUACUGUCAGCACAGCUUGUAUGUGUAUUUAUGGGCUUCUUUCCUUUGUCCUGACAUCACUGGAGUUACAUACGUUGGGCAAUCAGCAGGAUAUAAUUGAUGCUGCGUGUGAAGUUUUGUCGGCUUCCAGCAUUCCUCAGCUCUUCUGGAAGACGGAACCAACUGCAGGUCUGGGCAUUAUCCUGGACAGUGUGUGUGGGAUGUUCCCCCAUCUUCUUACUCCUCUUCUUCAGCUGCUCCAGGCCCUUGUGUCAGAUAAAUCUACUGCAAAAAAGGUGUACAGUUUCCUGGAUAAAAUGUCCUUUUAUAUUGAACUGUACAAGCAUAAACCUCCUGAUGUGAUCUCUCAUGAAGAUGGCACACUUUGGCGAAGACAGGCUCCAAAGCUCCUCUAUCCUCUUGGACUAGGUCAGACAAAUCUGCGGAUACCUCAGGGAACAGUGGGCCAAGUGAUGCUGGAUGAUCGAGCUUAUUUGGUACGAUGGGAGUAUUCGUACAGCAGCUGGACACUGUUUACCUGUGAGAUUGAAAUGCUGCUCCACGUUGUUUCAACAGCAGAUGUGAUUCAGCAUUGCCAGAGGGUGAAGCCAAUCAUUGAUCUGGUUCAUAAAGUCAUCAGCACUGAUGUAUCGAUAGCAGAUUGCCUUCUGCCGAUCACGUCGCGAAUCUACAUGCUGCUGCAGAGGCUGACAACUGUAAUCUCUCCCCCUGUGGACGUUAUUGCUUCUUGUGUCAAUUGCUUGACAGUACUGGCUGCUCGGAUGCCAGCCAAGGUUUGGACUGACCUUCACCAUACGGGGUUCUUACCAUUUGUUGCCAAUCCAGUGUCCAGUAUGAAUCACAUGAUUAGUGCAGAGGGGAUGAAUGCUGGGGGCUAUGGAAACCUGUUGAUGAGCAUAGAACAGCCUCAAGGGGAGUACAGCGUUACCAUCUCCUUCCUGAACCUGAUAACAACUCUUGUCCGGGGACAACUUGGUAGCACCCAGAGCCAAGGACUUGUGCCCUGCAUUGUAUUUGUCCUGAAGGAGAUGUUACCAAAUUACCACAAAUGGCGUUACAACUCUCAUGGAGUGAGAGAGAAAAUUGGAUGCCUAAUUCUGCAGUUGAUUCAUGCUAUACUGAAUUUAUUCCCUGAAAUGGAUCCUGGGAGUAGCAGUGCCCCUAGCCUUCAGUCCUUGUGCAUCUUCAGCCUGGCCAACACUGAAGCAGGGCAAGCUGUCAUUAACAUAAUGGGAAUCGGUGUGGACACUAUUGAUAUGGUAAUGGCUUCCCAGCCUAGUAGUGAUGAGACACAAGGCCAAGGUCAGCUGCUGAUACAAACAGUUAAGCUGGCAUUCUCGGUUACCAAUAACGUCAUACGGUUGAAGCCCCCCUCCAGCGUGGUGUCUCCGUUAGAGCAGGCCCUUACUCAGCAUGGUGCUCAUGGAAACAACCUUAUUGCGGUCUUGGCCAAAUACAUCUACCACAAGCAUGACCCUGCACUUCCACGCUUGGCCAUCCAGCUGCUCAAGCGACUGGCUACGGUUGCUCCCAUGUCUGUUUAUGCCUGUCUUGGCAGCGAUGCUGCUGCUAUCCGUGAUGCCUUCCUCACCCGCCUGCAGAGCAAGAUUGAGGACAUGCGUAUUAAGGUCAUGAUACUGGAAUUCCUUACAGUUGCAGUGGAGACACAGCCUGGACUCAUUGAACUGUUCCUGAACUUGGAAGUCAAGGAUGGCAGCGAUGGGUCAAAGGAGUUCAGCUUAGGGGAGUGGAGUUGCCUCCAAGUAGUCUUAGAGCUGAUAGACUCCAAACAACAGGAGAGGUACUGGUGCCCUCCCCUCUUACAUCGUGCUGCCAUUGCCUUCCUGCAUGCCCUGUGGCAGGACCGCCGAGAUAGUGCCAUGCUGGUUCUGAGGACAAAGCCAAAGUUUUGGGAAAAUUUGACCAAUCCACUGUUCGGGACCCUUCCUCCACCUUCAGAAACAUCAGAGCUCAGUGUCUUGGACACCUGUGCGUUAAUCAUGAAAAUCAUCUGCUUGGAGAUCUACUAUGUUGUCAAGGGCUCACUGGAUCAGUCCCUGAAAGACACGCUGAAGAAUUUCUCCAACAAGAAGCGCUUCGGUUACUGGUCAGAAUAUGUGAAGCUACUGGCAUAUCAUGUGGCAGAGACAGAGGGUAGCAGCUGUGCCUCCGCGACAGAGUAUCAAAUGCUGAUCUCAGCCUGGCGGAUGCUGCUCAUUAUUUCUACGAGCCACGCAGAUAUAAUGCAUCUGACUGAUUCCGCGGUUCAUCAGCAAUUGUUUCUGGAUGUGCUAAAUGGAACCAAGGUUUUGCUUCUAGUUCCCACGUCAGUAUCCUGUCUGCAGCUGGGGUCUAUGCUAUGUACCCUUCUUCUGAUCCUGCUAAAGCAGUGGAAGAGCGAGUUGGGUUCUGUGGAUAAAAUCAUAAACUCCUUGACGCAGAUUCUGGAGGGAAUACUACAGGCAGAUCAGCAGAUGAUGGAGAAAACAAAAGCCAAAGUGUUCUCAGCUCUUAUCACUGUGCUGCAAAUGAAGGAGAUGAAAGUGAAUGAGAUCCCACAGUACUCCCAGCUGGUGCUCAGUGUGUGUGAAACACUCCAAGACGAGGUCAUUGCCCUCUUUGAUCAGACUCGGCACAGCCUCACCCUGGGAGAUGCUGCAGAUGACAAGGACAGCAUGGAAACAGAUGAUGUCUCCCGGGUUAAACACAAGGACCAGCGAGAUGGGGUAUGUGUUUUGGGUCUGCAUCUGGCAAAAGAGCUCUGUGAAGUUGAUGAAGAUGGAGACUACUGGCUACAGAUUACUAGGAAGGUCCCUGUACUUCCUACAAUUUUUGCUACUUUGGAGAUCAGUCUGAGAGUUAAGCAAAACCUUCACUUCACAGAGGCCUCAUUACAUUUACUGCUGACUUUAGCAAGGACGCAACAGGGAGCAGCAGCAGUGGCUGGAGCUGGUGUCACACAGAGUGUCUGCCUGCCCCUCCUGAGCGUGUACCAGCUCAGCAGUAAUGGGGCCAUUCAGACAUCUGCUUCAUCUCGGAAGUCUUUGGAUGCUCCCUCCUGGCCUGGUGUGUAUCGUCUCUCCAUGUCCCUGAUGGAGCGCCUUCUUAAGACGCUGAGAUACAACUUCCUGACGGAAGCAAUGGACUUUGUUGGUGUCCAUCAGGAGAGGAUCCUUCAGUGCCUGAACGCAGUACGGACAGUACAGAGUUUGGCCUGUCUAGAAGAGGCUGAUCACACUGUUGGCUUCAUUCUCCAGCUCUCAAAUUUCACAAAGGAGUGGCAUUUCCACCUGCCGCAGCUUAUGAGGGACAUGCAGGUGAAUCUGUGUUACCUGUGUCAGGCCUGUACCUCCCUCCUGCACAGCCGCAAGAUGCUCCAGCAUUACCUACAGACGAAAAAUGGUGACUCCCUUCCAUCGAGUGUGACUCCACGAGUGCAGCGUAAUCCCCAAGCCUCUUCCAAACAUCCCAGCCCUGAGUCAGAGGCAGCAGAGCAGAAGGCACUGCUCAUGGUGCAGUACAGCCUCUUAAAGAUCCUCAGCAAAUCUCUUGCUGCCCUGCGCCAUUUCACCCCCGACGUCUGCCAGAUACUCCUUGAUCAGUCACUGGACCUUGCUGAGUUCAACGUGCUCUUUGUUUUGAGUUUCACCACACCUGCUUUUGAUUCAGAUGUGGCACCUUCCUUUGGGACCCUCCUUGCCACGGUCAACGUGGCCCUGAACAUGCUGGGAGAGCUGGAUAAGAAGAAGGAACCUUUCCCUCAAGCUGCAGGGCUGAAUAUGCAAGAGGGAACCAAAACCCUCAAGUCUCUGCUUAUGUUUACAAUGGAAAACUGUUUCUACCUGCUCAUCUCCCAGGCCGUGCGGUACUUGAGAGACCCGGCUGUGCAUCCCCGCGAUAAGCAGCGAAUGAAACAGGAGCUCAGCUCUGAGCUGAGUACCCUGCUCUCCAGCCUGUCUCGUUACUUCCGCCGUGGUGGUCCCUCUUCACCUGCCAGCGGGGUCCUUCCCUCUCCCCAGGGAAAGUCUGCCUCCAAGCUGGGGCCUGAGGGGCAGGAGCCUUUGUUUCAGCUCGUGCAGGCCUUUGUCCGGCACGUGCAGAGAUAGAUUGGAUCCUGCCGCCUGCCUCCCUUUGCAGGACUUGCGCCAGAACGAUUCAUGUCCACCACAGAAGGCAUCACCGUUGGCAGAGCUUGUAACGAGGACUGGGGCGGGAGGGAGGCCUGGUCCGGGCAGCGUUGUGAACCGAGCUGUGACAGCAGCAGCCAGAUCCCGUUGAACUCUUGCGGUGCAGAAGCAGAGUGAAUGUAAGGAGAGCUGAGAGGGGCUCCUCACUCAGCAGCCCACGCUCCACCUGCUGGAGCAGUCCUGGCCCAGGUGCAAGUGCUGAAGAGUCAAAACCUUUAUUUUUAUAGCUUGUACCUCCCAGCUGGGGCAGCUGUGGCUGGAUGGAGAGAGGGGACAGACUUCCCUCUGGGCAUUAACUCUGCUCGUAACACAAGGUGCAAUCUGCCUCUCCCUCACAGUCAGAGUCCAGUUAAGGCACAACCUAGGGAUCAGCCAGCAAUUCAGAGACCAUCUUUCUACUCCUAUUUUUGUACUGAAUGGUUCAAGGCAAGAUGGUGUAUGUGUGCUCACGCCUCCCCUCCACCCUGCAGUCUGUGUGUUGUGUGUGUUUCUGAAGAGCAAGGCCUCACUCAAGGUUUUUAAGUCAAAAUUCCAUUGCUCCAGUCUUGCAAUUUUUUGUAACUGUUCCCUAUUUAUACUGAUAUUAAAACCUUUAUAGACAGCA